AUGAUAGAAACACUGGUGAAUGGAAUAGCAUCUCACUUUCUGGAGCUCGAUCAUAUGAUGAAUCGCGACGGGUCCACUUUUCUUUAUAAUAACAUCGAAAAGACAAGAGAAAAGGUUCCACAGUUGGCAGAUAGUGUUGUAGACGCACUCGGUAGAAUUCUAAAUGUAUUCGAUGAACCAGUAAAAUUGCGAACUCCCGAAUUUGAGUAUUCAAAUCUUGCUCAUGACGACCAUACACAUCAAGCCAUUCACCCAUUUAAAGAGGAAACAUCUAUAGAACGGGAAAAUUCUCUGCCAUUUAACACUGAUUAUCUUGGAGAAAGGACAAAGGCAUUAUAUGCUAAAUUGAAAUAUCUUGAACCUCCCGAAACAAGUGUUGAUAGGAAAGGAUUGGAAACUUCUGCGUCUCCAUGCAUGGAAGAUUGGCAAUUAUGUGGUUUCUGUAACGUUUCAUUGGCAUCCAUGCGUUGUGACUCAUGUACAUUAUAUCUUUGUGCACCUUGCGCAUCAACAAUCCAUUCUGAUCCAUCGAAUAUUUCACAUGUCUUGUCGACUACAAAAGGGGAUCAUCGCGCUGUUUUAUCAAAGAAUUCUCCAAAGAGAAAGAUUGAUUUGUCUAUUUCCUUGACUAACGACUUUUCUACUCCUGCAUAUGAUUUUUGUGAACUUCACCCCAACAAAGAAUUAAAAUAUGCAUGUGUAACGUGUCAUUUCUUGCCAGUUUGUUCAACAUGCUCGGAGGAAAUGCACAAGGGAUUUAACAUUCCACAUAGAAUUGUAGAUAUUGAAGUUGCAGCUGGGGAAGUUAAGGAAAUCUUAAACGAUUGUUUGGGUGUCUUGGUUGAUAGACAUAAUAAUUUAUCGUCUGUACUACCGGAAUUAGAUCAAAUUUCUCACAUGUUGGAUAUAUCUGUAAAGAAUGCGACUCGUUCUGUAAAUUGUUCCGUCCAAAGGGUUUUUGACGCCUUGAAAUUAAAACAAUCCACACUCGAUUCUGAAAUAAAAAAUUUACAGAAACUAGGAUCGUCUACUCUAAAUCGCUUUGUAAAUAUGAGUAGUGUGUAUAGUAAUUAUUUAUAUGGAAAAAUUUUGGAAUUGAAUAAGUUGGCUAAACUAAAGAAUUCCGGACUGGGAUUGAAUACAUUUGUAGAUAUAAGGUCUAGUUUUGAGCAACUCCUUUAUCAAUGUGAUGAUCUUCCCGACUUAACCCUCGAAGUCCCUCAUUGGCAAAUAAACUGCGGUAACCUGCCUAAUUUACUUGCUGAUGUAGAAUUCAGGCUAAAUACACAUGCAAGCGAAAUCACUUCUCUCUGCAAGAGUAUAAAAUUUGAGAUAUCAUCGGCAAUAUCAUCCGUUAAUACAAUUUUGUCAUCAAAGAUUUUGCCACCAAAUCGUAUUAACAAUACAGAGACCCAGUAUAAAUAUGAUACAACUUCUCCAAAAUUCGAUGAAACUCCUACAGAUGGCAUCUAUAGUAAUCUUCAACCUGAUCUGCAUCUAGAGGAUUCUUCUAAUCAUUUAAUUUCUCAUGAAGAUUCAAGUACAUCCAGGCAUUUAGACGGCACAACGUCUUCUCACGCAAUUAUUCGCGACUCUAGUGAACUCAGGGGUAUAUUUUCUAGAAAGGAUUCUGUUCAUAGAAUUUGGUCAAAGAGGGCUGUGACACUGAGGAACAGAUUUUUGUAUGUAUUUGCCUCUAACUCACAUUUUAAAGAUUCAGAAAUUGAGUCUAAAAUUGAUUUGAAUGCAACGACCAUAAAGUCUUUUGAUGAUGAGGACAUUACGGAUGCUGCCAAACUAGCUAGACUCAGUGCACCAAACGGAUUUGAAAUUGUAGAGAGGAACGGAGAUAAAAUUAGAUUUUGGUUGUUUACAUCGGAAUCUAGAAAUAUCAUUCUUCUAUGGAUCGCAAAGCUUCAAAAAAUAGUCUAUGAUUUGGAGUCACAAAUUUCUUCUCCGGAACCGAAGCAGGAAUUUGAGGAAAUACCCUGCUCUUCUAGAACAGACAAGAAACCUGUACUAUCUGAACUUCCUGUUUUGCCAUUAGUUCGAAAUUCUGAUAUGUUUAUGAAGACUAGGCUGGACAAAUUUGUAUCCGAUAUUGCUAAUUCCAGCAGUAGUUCCAACACUUUUAGGAAUAGAACUGAUAAAGCGUAUGCUCCUGAUUACAGUCCCAGUUUUAGGGAGGUCUCUGCAACUUUGAGAAGAAUCAAGGCAGAUUCAGCUUCUAUCUAUGACAAGUGUUUUUCUAGGAAUACACAAUCAUCUCCAAAUGCCAAUUCUACCAUACAAAAUAUUGGGAUAUUUAAAAAUUUGAAAUUCACCCAAGCCAAUGAAUACAAUACUGGAUCUCCUUUGAAUGAUUCAGAUAAAUCUUCCACACUUUCUGCGGGGAGAUACGCACUUCCAACAGCAAAGUUUGAAAAGAAGGUUAUAGGAUCUCUAAAAGCGCAGAAACUUCCAAAAUGUCUAAUCACUUUACCGGACUUUGAGUAUUCACCACAAGUCACUUCACCAAAGUCUAUCCACAAGUUUUUUCAGGAAUCUGCGCUUUAUAAGCUUUAA